CAGGGCUCUGCUUACAAGCCACCAUCUUUUCGGUAUCUAUUGAAAAAAUUAAGCUGACAGUCAGACGUGUUUCCCGAAAAAUUAUUAAUUUUUUGGGGAAAUUUAUUGUUAAAUAUACAUAAAAAUAUAAGAAAAAUAUUAUAACAAUUAACAGCGGAAUAUCCGUGGUUUUUAAACGUUUCGGUUUGGAAAAUCGUUACAACACACGUACGUUUGCGGUUACUUUUGUUACAUUAAAAAAAAAACGCGACGUCGCCGGCGCAGCUAACGUAAGAACGCAUACCCGAUCGACCAAACGCCCGCCCGCAUCUUCCUCUCAACAAAACGUGAAACUCGUUAUUGUAAAGCAAAAAUCUACACGCGUGAAAAUAUGCCUGGAGCAGGCACCUUUAAGCUGUUCAUCGGUAAUCUCGAUGAGAAAACUCAAGCCUCCGAACUGCGACCUUUGUUCGAGAAAUACGGUACCGUAGUGGAAUGUGAUGUAGUGAAAAACUAUGGUUUCGUUCAUAUGGAAACCGAAGAACAAGGCCGCAAAGCCAUUGAGAAUCUUAAUGGUUUCAUGUUGAAUGGCUAUGGCAUUAAAGUGGAAGCGGCCAAGAGUCGUCGUGCCCCCAAUACACCGACCACGAAAAUCUUUGUGGGCAAUUUAACCGAUAAAACUCGUGCGCCCGAAGUACGUGAACUAUUCCAAAAAUACGGCACCGUUGUCGAAUGUGAUAUCGUUCGCAAUUAUGGUUUUGUACAUCUCGACUGUGUCGGUGAUGUACAAGAUUGUAUUAAGGAAUUGAAUGGUCGUGUUGUCGAUGGUCAACCGCUGAAGGUUCAGGUCUCCACCAGUCGUGUGCGGCCGAAACCCGGCAUGGGUGAUCCAGAGCAGUGUUAUCGUUGCGGCCGUUCGGGUCAUUGGUCAAAAGAAUGUCCGCGCUUGUAUGGCGGCAGCGGUGGUGGUCGUGACAUGGGCCCGGGCGGCUAUAGAGAUCGUAUGUACGGACGUGAUCCUUAUCCACCACCGCCACCACCACCUCCAUUCUUGCGCGACCGGAUUAUGGAUGGCUUUAGGGAUUAUGAUUACUAUGAUCGUAGAUUCGAAGAUACACGCGAUUUAUUCGAACGUCGUUAUCAGGGAUCGCGUAUGCGUGAUUUCCCACCACCACCACUAUCGAGACGUGAUCCAAUGCCUUUGCCACCACCGUUGAGUGGCAGCUUAAGAGGUGGUAGUUUAUCACGUGGUUAUGACAGCAUGUUUAGCAGACGAUCACCACCACCCUCACGUGGCAGCAAUGGCAUGGGUCGUUAUGGCGGUUAUGAAGAUUUUAGUCGUGAUUCAUUUGACGAUCGUAUGAUGUCUUCGCGUAAUAUGCGUGGUCCCUCACCACCCGGUCGCCGUUAUGCACCGUACUGAGAUGAACUGUAUUCGUAUUAUUUAAAUAGUGGUUU